GAAGAAUUAUGGGAAACGCCAGUAGUUCCGGAAGUGAUAACUAUCAAUCUCAUUCAGGAAGAUCCCAAGCUCACUCACACACCACUGAUGAUAACAAUCUACCAAAUAGGAUGCCAUCUAAUAAUCACUUGCAUGAAUACACCAAGGCAGCCGAAGACUUUUUGAAACAGCAAAAAGUGAAGCAAUUAGCAAGAGAAAGAAACAUUAACUUGCAUGGAAAAUUAAUAAAAUCUAAGCUCGGUUUGGAUAUUAAAACCCUCGUUUUAAAGCAGAGUUCCAAAGAGCAAAAUAGAUAUUACCCCAGGUUCAAAUAUAGCUGCACUGAAGAUGCUAAAGUGUCAAUCUAUUAUUGUUGCAAGCAAAUGACUAAUGCUGAAGGAGUCCCGAUGUACUUCACUAUUCCAUCAGAUCUACCUUCUGCUGGAGUCAUUGAAUUGGAAGAAGGGAAAAACAAAAUGUACGAAAAGAUAAAAAGCACUUCCUUCGACAUCACUAAAUAUGAGUCGAUGCCUCUUUUCAAUUCAACAGUGAAUUAUUUCCCAUGUGUGAUAACUCUUGAGCCUCAAGCAAGACCAACAGUAGGUGAAGAUGGAGUAUCAGAUUACCAAAAUCUGAUUACUUACUGAGUUUUUGAAAUUAAUAAGUCAACACACAUGAUCACCCUCAAGCCGAUUAAACAAGUUCUAGUAGCCUUCGAUAUGGCCUUCAACCUCCAACAAAUCUAUGGAAUCAACGAUGCUUUUGAAGACAAGAAGGAAGAAGAUCCUGCUAUGCUCGCAGAUGAUGAUUCAACGACAUGAGUAGUCUGAAUGACCGACGAAAAGAAUACAGUUGUCAUGCCAUGCGGGCAUUUAUGAGUCUGCAAGGAUUGUGCUACAACUAUUGCCAACCAGAGAUCUCCUGAUUGACCUAUAUGCCGAAUGAAAGUAAAAUCUUUCGUUCCUCUCAACAUCGACUCUAUCAAGAGCAUCGAUGCUACCAAAGGAGGUAAAGGUGGAGAAGUCGGCAAAGGAUUUGAAAUAUAACUUCUUUGAUUAAUAUAUCCAAUUUAUCA